AUGUACAGAUAUCUAGAGGGAAUUUGGAGAAAGGAGUUUGUUUGGAAGACUGCUGAAAAUGAAAGCAUAAGUGCUUUGUUAUGGUGGAAAAACUUUUAUCAAAAUACUGACUUAGGAGAGGUUGCAAUAAGAAUUUUAAGUGUGCCCUCAACAUAUGCCUCUGUGGAAAGACCCUUCUCCACGUUCUCAUUUGUACAUGAUAAGAAGCGACAUAAACUGAAUACCAACAGAGCAGGAAGACUAUACUACAUUGCCCAUAACUGGCAAGUUAUGCACAGAAGGAAGGCACCAGGUAUCAAUAAGUCAACCAAAAUCACAACUGGUAAUAAUAGUGAGUCAACGUCACAACCACAGCAAGCAAAAAAUACAGUCUCAGUCAUCGGCAAGAACCUUAGAUUACACUAG